UUAACUUUCCCGUGAUAUUUGUUUCUGGCGAAUCUGCUGAUGAGGAAACAAAGGCCUUUACCCCGUUGUUGUUGACAUGAGAGCUAGUUAACCAGCUAACGUUGCCAAAGCUAGCAGUGGUAAAAUAUGUUGCCUGCUUUUUAUUGCUAAAAUACCUUAUUUAAAUCACCCAAGGAAACACCUAAUAGAAUGGACGAACCAUGGGAUUUUGAGUUUUUAUAUCGGAUAGUUGAGGGCUUCAUGUCGUUUCUGUCUGAGUUUGUGGAUGACUGGACUGCAAAUGACAUGAGAGUUGCCGUGUUUAAAAUAUUGUUCAGUUGGCUUGUUCUGAGCCUUAUUGCCAUCCACUUCGCCUGGAAAGUAUAUGGAAAUACCGUUAACGACAUGUAUUAUCGACAAGGCACGGGUGGACAGAACGGAGGCACACCUGACACUGCACCUCACCUAAGUGGUUGGGAGAGUGCAUCAGGGGACGCCCUGAAGACCCAUCGCGAGUAAUGACCAGGGGAGUUUCUUGAACGAACCACAGAAUAUGGAUCUUGUAGCCGCUUGUCUUUGAAGAGUCUAUGCAAUUUGCCUGCAGGACGACUUCGACAGCAUUUACAGGAUGUUAACAAGUGGAAGUGAAGAUGUAUGUCAGUUCAAAAAGAGCUUCACCAAGUACAUUGGACUCUCUACUUAACACAAUGUGGAGUUUGUUGCCCCUGAUAACAGGAGGUUGAGUGUAGGGUGGUUUGGAUGACCGAUUCUCCUGCAGAUAAUUCAGUGGACAGAUUCCCAUGACCUCAAGAGGACAGUGGUGCAGGUGUAGUGAACAAGGAUUCCAAAAGAGAAAAUGAAACUGGCAUUGCAUCUGCUAAUUCAUACAGGACUUGGUGGAAUUUUAAUUUAAAUGAAGAUGGCCAUUAUUAUGGUGCAUGAACAAUUAAAUAGGUACCACGUGUUGGCUACUUAAAAACACUGCCUAAUUUUAGUCAUAGACUAAAGACCCACCCUUUCAACAACCUUCUGUAUUUGAAUUGAGUAGGAAAGCAAGCUAUGAUAAUCAUGCAGAUGAGAUGUAAUGGUAUGGUUGCUUUGGUGCUGUUUACCAGAAAGACAAUAAAAGCAUUUAGGUUCA